AUGGGGGAUUUGUAUGCUCUGGAUUUUGAUGGAGUCCUCUGCGAUAGCUGUGGGGAGAGCUCACUUUCUGCUGUCAAGGCUGCUAAAGUGAGAUGGCCUAAUCUGUUCAAUGGCGUGGACUCAUCGAUUGAGGAUUGGAUUGUCGAUCAGAUGCAUAUAAUUUUUGUCAGGCCUAAGGUGAAAGUUCUGAAGCUGCUUCAGGAGAUGCCAGAACACCAGGGUCUAUCACUUCACUUUGUUGAAGAUCGGCUCGCAACUUUGAAAAACGUCAUAAACGAGCCAGAGUUGAACAAGUGGAACCUAUACUUAGGAGAUUGGGGUUACAACACUCAGAAAGAGAGAGAAGAGGCUGCAAGCAUUUCCAGAAUUCAACUUCUUCAGUUGUCCAGCUUUAGCAAGAAGCUAAAAUGA